AUGAAAUCAAAUAUAGAUGAUAUAGACGAAUAUUACUACACAAAUCACAAUUCCAAUAAUAGCUAUAAUAGUAACGGGUUUAUAGAUAACUACAAUUUUAAUAUUAUCAAUGAAGAUCCCAACAAUUCGCCAUAUGAUGAAGAUGAUCCAUUAAUAUCGGAUUUGUUGCCAAAGCAAAGUAGCGAAAAUACAUCAUUCAAGGUAUACAAGAGUAGAUGGUGGGUGUUGUUUAUAUUUAUGUUAUUGUCUUUAAAUCAAUGUAAUUUUUGGAUUACUUUUGGUACGGUGGCACCCAUGGCAUCACAAUUUUACGAUACUUCAAUAUCGAGUAUUAAUUGGUUGUGUGCAAUUGGUCCUUUAGUAUUUAUACCGCUCUCAAUGAUAUUCAGUUGGUCUAUUGGAAGAUAUGGUAUCAGAAAAAAUAUAUUAAUAGCCGCCUUUUUAGUUGCCGCAGGUGGAGUAAUUAGAUGUAUUCCAAUGGGUGGCGAUAAAACAUUUUUUUUAAUUAUAAUUGGUCAAGUUUUAAAUGCAAGUGCAGGUCCAUGUGUUAUGGUGGUUCCAACCAAAAUAUCAGCUGUAUGGUUUGCACCCGAAGAGCGUACUCUUUCAACUGCUAUUGGAACUUUAUCAAAUUUUAUUGGUUCAGCAAUUGGUUUUCUUUUAGCUUUAGUUUGCACCGACGAUAAAAACUUCAAAAUACUUUUAUAUAGCGAGGCAGGUUUUGCUGUAGCUCUUUUCGUUUUAGUUUGUAUUUAUUUCCCAGAGAAGCCACCAACACCACCAUCAGCAACAUCAUAUUUUUCUGAUGUAAAAUCGAAUCAUAAAAAGCUAGUAGAUAGCAGUGAAUUUAUGACAGAGCCAAGUGCUGCACUAUUAUGUAUUUCAUGUGCAUUAACAAGUGGUGUUUAUGCGGGAUGGGGUGCCGUAUUUGUAGAGAUCGUUUCAAAGAUAUAUACCCAAACUCAAGCUAAAUGGUUAGGUUUCUUUGGUAUCAUUGCAGGUAUGGUUGGUGGUUUGCUUUUUGGUUGGAUUCACGAUCGUGUUCACAAUUAUAAAAAACUUUUAAUUAUAAUCUUUAGUCUCAAUACAGUAGUCUAUGUCUUGUUCUCACUUUUGGUAGAGGACACUCUACCAGAUUGGUAUUGGCUAGGUCAAUUUUUAAAUGUGGUUGGUGGCUUUUUAAUCAACAGUUACUAUCCAAUUAUUUACGAAGCUGCUGUAGAAGUCAGCUAUCCAGUUCCAGAAUCGGUUGGAACUGCUAUCAUCUCGAUUUUAAUCAAUGUAAUAACAUUUGUAGCCAUUAUGGUUUGCUCCAUUGUCCCUGCUCAACUUUUAAAUUGGGUUUUAGUUGGUGCCUCUGGCAUAUCAUUAAUUUUACUUUUAUUUGUAAAAGAGGACUAUAAAAGAAGCAAGAAUGAUAAUUUAGCAAAUUUCGAAUCUUCAAAUUAUUCACCAAAAUCUUCUUUUAUUUCUUAAUAAUCACAUAUCACACACACUCAAAAAAUUAUUUUUAUUUAUUAUAUAUAUUAUGUAAAUAUUAUAUGAUUAUAAAAAUAUUAAAAAAUAAAAA